GACAAGGCAACGCAGCCCAGGCAGAGAACGCAAUCCAGGCACAACAGCUCACGAGCAUCGGAGGUACCUUCGCUGACGGAGCGGUGCCGAGAAGCUUCGACGAUGUGUUCUCGCACUUUGAACGUAGUGCUGUCUGGGAGCCGCCUGGAAACGGUGGCCAACGCCCAGGCCUCGGCGAUCCUGGCGGCUGCGCCGGUUCAUCUCUGGAUGCCGGUCGAAGCGUAGAUCGAGAAGUCGCUCGCCAGAAGUCUGAGUUGCAAGUGCCAGAGCAAAUUCUUUCCACUGCAGAGCUCAACAUGAUCCUGACGGCUAUGCAAUCUUGCGUGGGGGAAUUCCCAGAGAUAGUCCUAGGGAAUCUCGCCGAGCGAGCUGAGCAGCUACAGAAGUGGCGGCACGCGGUUGGUCAGGCCCUGGAGGCAGGCGGGCCACGCGUCACCCAAUGGCGGGGUUGGUGCUGGCAGGUCGCUCAGGGCACCCAUGGCGCGCACCUCCAGGCCACCAUGCAGUCCCGGAACCCCGUGAAGUGGCAGAUGCUAGAAACGCGGAUCAAGCCUCGCUCGGUCGUUGCGCUGCCGCAGAACCUGAAGAAGCAGUUGACGGAGCGCGGGAUGCAGGGCCUCGAGGAAUGGGUCCAAGACAUAUUGUUCUUGAUUCUGAAAACGCGUUGGCCGGGAGCUGCAGACGAGAAGUCAGCAGUCCUCAAGCAAUUCGCGAACCCCACGCCGCGCAGUAAGCCAGAAUCGGCGUUAAACGAGUUGCAGCGCUUCUGGCGCGCUGCCAGACGCUGCAAUGAGCGUCGCAUGAACUUCCCAGGCGCUUCGAUUCUUUACGCGGCCAUGCGGAGUGUAUUUGCCAAUGCGUUAAACCAGGGAGACGACAACCUGAUGUUACGGUGGAUGCAGUUGCGGCAGGCCGCCCAGAACAAGGAGUGGGAGAAGAAGAGGGCCGCUGCAGCGAACGCUGCAGGCGCCAAAAAUCCGAACUACUUGAGGAAUCGGGAGGCACGCCGGGCCCGGCGCGACAAGGCGACCGCCGACACAGCAGACAAAGGCAAGGGCAAGAGAGGCAAAGAUGACAGAGGCAGCAAAGGUGGCAAACCAUACCAGCCACGGACGGGCGGAGCCUGGGUCGCAGCAGCCAACACGGAAGAGCUUGCAUUCCCCAAGGGAUGCGUCGGCCUCGAGUCUUGGGCCAACGUGCACCUAGUGCGCAAGCUUCCCAGCGUGGCCGCUGAGAUGUGGACGGACACUCUGCGACUAGCAUGGGGAUCGUGCAAGUGCGAGACCAGCGCUGGCCCCAAGGGCAUCCCCAUGUGCACGGUCGAAUCCAGGCCUCAAGACGACAACAUCGACUUUUUGCCGCUGACCUGGUCGUGGAGUAGGGGGCGCAAGUGCAAGUACAUCGUAGAGGACUCAGGCCCGACGCCCGCGACGCCCAAGGGCACCCACCUACGCGCGAAGCUGCGGGGCAUUUUGCCGCACAUCUCCAGCAACGAUGCGAAACACCUGUUUAGUAAGUUGCCUGACAAGGACGCUCCGGGCAGGAAUGGGCAGAUGUCAACUCCGAUCGCGUCCAAGGCGAUAGUGGCAAGAACAACGGCCACCACGGCUGAGAUACGCCGCGCCUUGGGCCACCUUGAAGGCUCUCUGGGGAAGAAGGACACGGUUGACCUGGUGCGCCGGCACAAGGCGACGCCCGCGGAAUACACAGACCAGUCCGACUACACCACACGCCGGACAAGUGGAAG